AUGUCAUCGAUCUUCCUGCUUUUCUCUCCUCUCCUCCCUGUCCUCCUCCACUUCGUCCUUCCCCCAUCCCCACUCCCUCUGUCGCCACCUGGGAGUACGCAAAAGAAUACAUCAUCCCGAUGUCUAUCAUUCUUGAAACUCGAGACGUCGCCCGGAACAUCAGGUUGCACGGAGAUCAAUCCGGAGCAUAUCAUUGUCCUCAACGGUGUUUCAUGUCCGACCCUCUCCGAGUUUCCACGUGGCUGCAGCGACCAACUGAGACGCAAGCGAGUCAUUGUCAUGGACGCAAUAAUGACUUACGACGUACGGAGUAGGAACCCUAUUUCCUGA